AUGGCCGGAAACAGUGGUGAUUACGGCCAGAUCAUUGAGUAUAUCCAAGAUCGUCUUUACUUGGCUUCCUAUGACGAUGCACCGGAUGCGAGAACUCCAUUCCCAUAUCCUUCCGAGCAACCCAAGUCUCCAAGCAAGCGCUCCGCGAGAGCUCAGCCGAACACCCCAAGUAGGAAGAGGCGAAGCCCCGUGUAUUUCACGGUCGAUGAUACCUUGCUUUACAACUCUUUCCAUGCAGACUUCGGCCCACUCCACAUAGGUCAUUUGUACCGGUUUGCAGUCCAUUUCCAUGAGAUCCUGGGCGACCCUGCCAACAGUGAUCGCCCAGUGGUGUUCUACUCGAAGCCUGACGCCCGGAGUCGUGCCAAUGCAGCAUGUCUUGUUGCUUGCUACAUGGUCCUCAUCCAGUCAUGGCCGCCUCAUUUGGCCUUAGCUCCGAUUGCGCAGGCUGAUCCUCCGUAUAUGCCAUUCCGAGAUGCCGGGUACAGUCAGGCAGAUUUCACCCUGACCAUUCAAGAUGUGGUUUAUGGAGUUUGGAAAGCAAAGGAGCAGUCGCUAUGUGGCUUGAGGGAGUUUAGCCUUGAAGAGUAUGAGAAAUUCGAACGUGUCGACAUGGGUGACUUCAACUGGAUAACACCUCACUUCUUGGCCUUUGCUUCGCCACAGCACGAACCGAUUACCCCGAUUCCUCCUAAUACCCCCGAAUAUGCCGCAUUGCCUGCUACAAUCUCCCAAGUCCAUGCAUCCAAAUUACCUCUUCCUUUCAAAAAUGUGUUGGCCCAUUUCGCGUCACGAGACAUUGGACUAGUUGUGCGAUUGAAUUCUGAAUUAUACUCGCCUUCAUACUUUACGGCCUUGGGCAUUACUCACAUCGACAUGAUCUUUGAAGACGGCACUUGUCCUCCUCUACCAUUGGUCCGACGAUUUAUCAAAAUGGCCCAUGAUAUGAUUACGGUCAAGAAGAAGGGAAUUGCUGUGCACUGCAAAGCUGGCCUUGGCCGGACGGGCUGUCUGAUUGGUGCAUAUCUGAUUUACCGAUAUGGAUUUACUGCCAAUGAGAUUAUUGCAUUCAUGAGGUUCAUGCGCCCCGGCAUGGUGGUCGGCCCACAACAACACUGGCUGCAUUUGAACCAAGGCGCAUUCCGUGAAUGGUGGUUUGAGGACAGCAUGAAGGAGAAAUUGGCACAAAUGCAGGCAGCUCCGGUCACACCCGGCCGUCCAUCCACCAAGCAGCGUGCGAACAACGCCCCUGUCGCUACACCUCCAAACAACGGUCAUUCGAAGCGCGCUGCACUGGGUGAAAUUGAUCACAACGAGGCUGCCGGAACACAACACGACGAGAAUCUCCCGGCGCCAACACCCGGCCAGCUAGGAAAUCGCACAGGAAAGACUCCCGUCACCACCCUUACGCCCGCACAACAUCUGGCAGCCUGCCAGCGCCUUAGCAGUGAUAGCAGCGAGAGUGAAGAGGAGAUUCAACUUCGCAUGCUUGCGAAGCGUUCGUCGAAGUCACCAGUGGCAUCGCCAAGCCAGCGGUCCGUUAGCUACUCGGCAACACUGACCACGAGCUACACAUUGAAUGAUGGCAUUCAUGAGGAUAGGGAAAACUGGGGUGACGCUGCAUAUGCCGCGCCAAAGACCCCAGUGAGCUCUAAGGCUGGGGUAUCCGUUGCCAAGGUCCGCACCAGCCCUCGGCGUGUCACGGACAGCCGGAGCGAGACCAGAGGCGUCCGCAAGACUAGUGGCCGAAUCGGCAGUGCUGGCAGCCCGACUCGUGUGAAAUAA